AAGAGCAAACACACAAACAAUUUACUUGCAAAGAUACACAGAAUAAUGCCAAUUGGCUUCAUUUCAUCACAAGGGGAAAAAAUAAGUUGCCAUUCCACAAUGCACUUUCUCCGAACAAUUUUUACCAGUUUAAUAGGCACACCCACCAACGCAGACAUCCACCUACAGUUAAUUUUUGGUUUCAUAUACGUCAAUCAGCAGAUCUGAAAGCCACAAGAAAGCCUCUUUUACAAAACACCAACUAAAGAGCAAGGAAGUCAGUAAAAUAGUAGCAGAAAGAAAGAAAACAGCAGUAUGCCAUUUAACAAAGAGCUGGUCACCUGAAAACAUUGAGGACAGAACCUGUAGCUGUUUCUUUUGAUGAGCUCGACACUUAAAGCAGUGACCACAGAUUUUUAUCCUCAUACCAGCUCACAGAGUUUCCUGCUCUUGUAUGAUAAUUAAGAUGUCCUUAACCAAUUCUUCUGACUGCAAUGUUUAUUCUGAGAUGGAGCCAUUUACUUAUUUUUAUUACUUGAUCUUUCUUAUUGGGUUCAUCGGGAGCUGCUUUGCCUUAUGGAGCUUUACAAAGACAGAAGAAAACCGCAAAUGCAUGAGUGUUUACUUGAUAAACCUCCUCACAGCAGACUUUUUGCUGACCCUUGCCUUGCCAGUGAAAAUUGCUGUUGACUUAGGAGUUGCCCCAUGGAGACUGAAAAUAUUCCAUUGCCAAGUGACAGCUUGCCUCAUCUAUAUCAACAUGUACCUAUCAAUCAUAUUCUUGGGUUUUGUAAGCAUGGACCGUUGCCUUCAGUUAAUACACAAGUGCAAGAUCUAUCGUAUCCAGGAGCCUGGUUUCGCCAAGAUGAUAUCGGCAGUAGUCUGGGUAAUGGUUCUCUUUCUCAUGGUGCCCAACAUGGCAAUCCCAAUCAGAGAGAUCAAAGAAGCACCAACUGUGGGCUGCAUUGACUUCAAGACAAAAGUGGGAAGAGACUGGCAUGUAUUUACCAACUUCAUAUGUUCUGCAAUAUUUCUAAAUAUUUCAGCCAUGGUGCUGAUUUCCAACUGUCUCAUAAUCAGACUACUCUAUCAAAACAAAUGCAACAGAAAUUAUCACAAUGUUAAAAAAGCUCUGGUGAACAUACUCUUAGUCACUGCAAGCUUCAUAAUAUGCUUUGUUCCGUACCAUAUUGUUCGGAUCCCAUACACUCUGAGCCAAAGCAAAGCCAUAGUCACAGAUUGCUCACUCAGGCAAACUCUUUACAAAGCCAAGGAAUCCACACUGAUGCUUGGUGUCUCAAAUCUGUGUUUUGACCCUAUUUUGUACUUUUACCUUUCAAAGACGUUUAGACUGAAAGUAACGCAGACCUUUGGAUCAAGUAAAGACAAAAGGGUUCUCCAAAAUGAUUGGGAGAUGGAUGGAGGGCAGACAGGGAAUACUGACAUUCAAAACAGAUGACUCUAGAUUUUUUUUUCAGACGUUGAAUGUACUCUACAUUAAAAAUAUAGUUGUCUCCUACAUAUUGUUCACAGUCCUAGCAUCCUUCCUUUGUCCUUCUAAGUAGAGUUAUAUUUUGUACCAAGCAAAACCAGUGCUAUAUCCUCAAGGCAACAAAAUAAUUGCUGUGACUGUUUAGAAUUUGGUUCUGCAAGCUUCAUGCACAAUGCUAUGAUAACAAAAAAUGUAGACAAUGUAACAUGUUUUUAACCUUUUAAAAGAAGACUGAGAAGUUAUUUUAUUUAUUAAAGGCCUGCAAGGAGAGCAUAGAACAGACCAAUAGAUGCAUACACGAUGGGCCAAUUCAGCUGUAAUAACCCUGCUGUUGCACGAAUAGUAGUUGUUUUUAUUGUUUAAUGCCCUGAUUUUAUUUUGCACUAAAAUUCACAGAGUAAAAUUACUGUACUGUACAUCCAAUUUUAUCAUUAGAAAGAACUAAAGCUCCAGGAAAUAAUAUAAUAAAGAGAAUGAAAAGCA